AGGAGAUAAAACCGGAACUUGUAUUAUUUGCUUCCUGUGUUGAACUUCGUGUGGCGGACAGAGGAACGAAUAACAAAAAUAAUAGUCUUCCUCCAGGAUGAAGGCCGGUCUUGUCGGAGCGGUGUUGCUUGUGGCUCUCUGCUCUUUUUGCCAUGGCGACGAGGGGAAGAAGAAACUGCAGAUCGGGAUUAAGAAGAGGGUGGAUAACUGCCCGCUCAAAUCGCGCAAGGGAGACGUCCUGCACAUGCACUACACCGGUAAACUGGAAGAUGGCACCGAGUUUGAUAGCAGCCUGCCACGAAACCAGCCGUUCACCUUUACCCUGGGCACAGGGCAGGUCAUCAAAGGCUGGGACCAAGGCCUUCUUGGGAUGUGCGAAGGAGAGAAAAGAAAACUGGUCAUUCCUUCUGAACUGGGGUAUGGAGAUAGGGGAGCCCCACCAAAAAUCCCAGGUGGCGCUACUCUGAUCUUUGAAGUGGAGCUGCUGAAGAUCGAAAACCGAUCAGAACUGUAAAUUUGCAAACCAAAUCCCUCACACUGCCACAAUAAAGAACGGCAUUUCAGCAACAUGCUUACUGAUUUUGAUGUGCAACCAACUGAUUGCUUUACCGUUAUUAGACACACAAAUACCCCCACAAGUGUAGCUUACACAAGGUGUGCUGCAAAACUGUAUACCAACCAAAAAUACAUAUUUGUAUUAUUAUUUAGUCAUUUAGCAGAUGCUUUUAUCCAAAGCGACUUAAAGACUAGUUGGGGUGAACUAUGCAUCACAACUGCUGCUGCAGAGUCACUUCCAAUAGGACCUCGUUUUUAAGUCUCAUCCGAAGCCUAUUUCUGUUGGAAGAAAAUGUCUUUUGUUCGUUUGCAGAUUUUAGUUGCAGUUGCGCUUCUCCCCCAGCAGAUGUCACUGCUGCUCAGGGAAUCGCUCCUCUAGAGCUUGACUCAUGAAAGGUUUUGGGAGGAAUGUGUACUGUGAGUCGCACGUGGCAGUCUCUCACUGGCGUCUUGUCAUCUUCACAGCAGAAGCGAUUUAGUAGUGGAAUCUGCAAAGCGUUACUGUAGGUGUCGUGAAUCAUUCCUUUAAUUUUAAAGCAGUACAACGCAGCUAAGGAUUAAAUACGUACCGCAGCCUCCCAUUUAUUGAACAGUUUACAGUACCUGGCCACGUUUAGGUUCUGUUCAAGUUGAACUGUGAAAUAUGUCAGGAUCAUUUCAAAAUGCGGUUUUGAAUGAUUUUUUUUUCUUCCUUGGUAUUUACAAUCACGGUCCAAAUAUCUCUUGUUCCAGCGUUUUAUAAGAAAGUUAAGCUUUAUUUGUGGGAAACGCGUCUCCCUUGUAUCUUUUAAAGGGUUAAAUAGAUUUCAGCGGUGGUUAGCGCGGCUGCCUCGCAGCUCCAGGGUCCUGGGUUCGAUUCCUGGCCUCAGGGGUCUGUCUGUGUGGAGUUUGCAUGUUCUCCCCGUGUUUGCAGGUUUUUAUCAACCCUAAAAAUUAACAAUGUUAACAGUUAAUAAACUAAAAAUAAAAAACGGCCCUUCAAAUAAAUCGUGACGAAAUUCAAAAAAUGGUUGCAAACAUUAAAAACUAAAGGUGGAGAAAAACAAAUACAUUUUGAAAAUUGAAUCUAUUUUUUUUUUUUUUUUGUUUUUCUUUU